CCACCUACCUACCUCCCCGCCGCUCCUGAGGGGCUCGCAGAGCUGAGGACGCGCCGCGCUGCUCAAGGUCUCUCUCCGCACCUCGCCGGCCGGCUUCUGACGCGGGUGCCAGGGGACUCCGGGCACCUUUCAGUGUCCCUUCUUCUCUCAGUCAGCCGGGACGCCGCCAGCCAGCCUCCGCCGCUGCGGCCACCGCCUGAAGGGACCUGCGGGCAGGACGCGGGCAGGAGCACGGUGCGCGGCGCCCGCGCAGAGCGUCUCCCCGCGGCGCCGCGAGAACGGGCCUCCCGGGCCCAGGAGCCCCCGCCGCCUCGCUAGGUGUACCGACGGAAGUUCUUGGAGCAGGGAGCGCAACUCUUCAAGGUGAACUAUGACCACUUUACUCUUGGUGUUUGUGACUCUGAGGGUCAUCGCCGCAGCCGUCACGGUAGAAGUUCCAGACCCUGACAACUCGCUGAGCGUCAGCAUCCCUGAGCCGUCGCCACUGCGGGUCCUCCUGGGGACCUCCCUCACCAUCCCCUGCUAUUUCAUCGACCCCAUGCACCCUGUGACCACCGCCCCCUCCACCGCCCCCCUCGCCCCGAGAAUCAAGUGGAGCCGCAUUUCCAAGGAGAAGGAGGUGGUUCUGCUGGUGGCCACGGAAGGACAGGUGCGGGUCAACAGUGCCUACCAGGACAAGGUCUCGCUGCCCAACUACCCGGCCAUCCCCAGCGACGCCACCUUGGAAAUCCAGAACCUGCGCUCCAACGACUCGGGGGUCUACCGCUGCGAGGUCAUGCACGGCAUCGAGGACAGCGAGGCCACCGUGGAGGUCGUGGUGAAAGGCAUUGUGUUCCAUUACAGAGCCAUCUCCACGCGCUACACCCUGGACUUUGACAGGGCGCAGCGGGCCUGCCUGCAGAACAGCGCCAUCAUCGCCACGCCCGAGCAGCUGCAGGCCGCAUACGAGGACGGCUUCCACCAGUGCGACGCCGGCUGGCUGGCCGACCAGACUGUCAGGUACCCCAUCCACGUUCCUCGGGAAGGCUGCUACGGGGACAAGGACGAGUUUCCAGGCGUGAGAACCUAUGGCAUCCGUGACACCAACGAGACCUAUGACGUGUACUGCUUUGCGGAGGAGAUGGAGGGCGAGGUCUUCUACUCGACGUCACCGGAGAAGUUCACCUUCCAGGAGGCCGCCAACGAGUGCCGGCGGCUGGGCGCCCGCCUGGCCACCACGGGCCAGCUGUACCUGGCCUGGCAGGGCGGCAUGGACGUGUGCAGCGCCGGCUGGCUGGCUGACCGCAGUGUGCGCUACCCCAUCUCCAAGGCCCGGCCCAACUGCGGGGGCAACCUCCUGGGCGUGAGGACCGUCUACCUGCACGCCAACCAGACGGGCUACCCCGACCCCUCGUCCCGCUACGACGCCAUCUGCUACACAGGCGAAGACUUUGUGGACAUCCCGGAGAACUUCUUCGGCGUGGGCGGGGAGGAGAACAUCACCGUCCAGACGGUGACCUGGCCUGACGUGGAGCUGCCCCUCCCCCGGAACAUCACGGAGGGUGAAGCCCGCGGCAACGUGAUCCUCACCGCGAAGCCCAUCUUCGGUUCCCCCACUGCCCUGGAGCCUGAGGAGCCGUUCACAUUGGCCCCCGACAGAGAGGUCACCGCCUUCCCUGGGGCCGAGAACAGGACUGGAGAGGCCACCAGGCCCGGGGCCUUUCCCGAGGAGUCCACGCCGGGCCAGGGCCCCUUCACCAGUGAGGACCUUGUCGUGCAGGUGACUGCAGCCCCGGGGGAAGCCGAGGUCCCCGGGCGGCCACGAUUGCCAGGGGGGGUGGUGUUCCACUACCGCCCGGGCUCCGCCCGCUACGCCCUGACCUUCGAGGAGGCCCAGCGGGCCUGCCGGCAGAACAACGCCGCCAUCGCCUCGCCCGAGCAGCUCCAGGCCGCCUAUGAAGCUGGCUACGAGCAGUGCGACGCAGGCUGGCUGCAGGACCAGACCGUCAGAUACCCCAUUGUGAGCCCGAGGACCCCGUGUGUGGGCGACAAAGACAGCAGCCCGGGAGUCAGGACCUACGGCAUGCGCCCACCAUCGGAGACCUACGACGUCUACUGCUACGUGGACAAGCUGGAAGGGGAGGUGUUCUUCGUCACCCGCCCGGAGCAGCUUACCUUCCAGGAAGCCCAGGAGUUCUGUGAAUCCCAAAACGCCACGCUGGCCUCCACUGGCCAGCUCUACGCUGCCUGGAGCCUUGGCCUGGACAAGUGCUAUGCCGGCUGGCUGGCCGACGGCAGCCUCCGCUACCCGAUAGUCACCCCUCGGCCGGCCUGUGGUGGGGACAAGCCUGGCGUGAGGACCAUCUACCUCUACCCCAACCAGACAGGCCUCCCGGACCCACUGUCCCGGCACCAUGCCUUCUGCUUCCGAGGAAUCUUAGCUGCGCCCUCUGCAGGAGAAGAGGGGCGCGGCACGCCCACCGCACCGUCGGACCUGGAGGACCGGAUCACAGCCCAAGUGGGACCCGGUGUGGCGGCUGUCCCCUCGAGGGAGGAGACGACGGCAAUCCCAGAUUUGACCACUGAGCCAGAAAACCAGACGCGAUGGGCGCCAGCCUACACCCCCACGGACGCUUUCCCGCUGCCAGGGGUCCCUCCUACGCGGCCUCCCACUGGCGCGGCAACAGAGAGCACAGAUGGCCCUUCUGCCACAGAAGUGCCCUUGGUCUCGGAGAUGCCAUCCCCCUCAGAGAUGCCAUCCGCCUCUGAGACGCCAUCCGCCUUGGAGACGCCGUUCCCCUCGGAGAUGCCGUCCGCCUUCAAGACUCCAUCCGCCUCCGAGACGCCAUCCCCCUCGGAGACGACAUCAUCCUCAGAGACACCAUCCACCUUGGAGACGCCAUCCCCCUCGGAGAUGCCAUUCACACCUGAGGAGCCGUCCACACCGUCACCCCCAGCGCCCAGUGGGACGGAGCUGCCAGGGUCGGGGGUGGCAUCCAGCGUACCCGAGGUCAGUGGUGACUUCACAGGCAGCGGAGAAGCUUCCGGACACCUGGCCUCCAGUGGACUGCCCUCGGGAGACCUUGACGCCAGCGGCAUCCCCUCGACCGUGGGCUCAGGCCUGCCUGUGGGAAGUGGGCUGGCCUCGGGGGAGGAAGAGGGAAUCACAUGGUCGAACGCUUCUCAGGUUGGUGGGCUGCCCUCUGGGGGUGAGGGUCUAGAAGGCUCUGCUUCUGGAGCAGAGGACCUCAGUGAACUUCCUUCGGGAAGAGGUCUAGAAACCUCCGCCUCUGGAGCAGAGGACCUCAGUGGACUUCCUUCGGGAAGAGGUCUAGAAACCUCCGCCUCUGGAGCAGAGGACCUCAGUGGACUUCCUUCGGGAAGAGGUCUAGAAACCUCCGCCUCUGGAGCAGAGGACCUCAGUGGACUUCCUUCGGGAAGAGGUCUAGAAACCUCCGCCUCUGGAGCAGAGGACCUCGGUGGACUUCCUUCGGGAAGAGAGAGUCUAGAGACCUCUGCCUCUGGAGCAGAGGACCUCGGUGGACUUCCUUCGGGAAGAGGUCUAGAAACCUCCGCCUCUGGAGCAGAGGACCUCAGUGGGUUGCCUUCUGGAAAAGAAGACUUGAUUGGGUCCGCUUCUGGAGCCUUGGACUUUGGCCGAAUACCCUCCAGGACUCUAGGAAGUGGGCAAGCUCCAGAAGCCAGUGGCCCACCCUCGGGAUUUAGCGGUGAGUACUCCGGAGUGGACGUUGGAAGUGGCCCAUCCUCUGGCCUGCCUGACUUCAGUGGGCUUCCAUCUGGGUUCCCAACUGUCUCCCUAGUGGACACCACACUGGUGGAAGUGGUCACCGCCACCAGUGCGAGUGAACUGGAAGGGAGGGGAACCAUUGGCAUCAGUGGCGCUGGAGAAAUAUCCGGGCUGCCCUUCAGCGAGCUGGACCUUAGUGGGGGAGCUAGUGGACUCCCUUCAGGAGCUGAACUCAGUGGCCAGGCAUCUGGAUCUCCUGAAAUCAGCGGGGAAACAUCUGGACUCUUUGGUGUCAGCGGGCAGCCAUCAGCAUUUCCUGACAUCAGUGGGGGAACGUCUGGGCUUUUUGAGGUCAGCGGACAGCCAUCAGGGUUUCCAGGAGAAACAUCCGGAGGGCCUGAGCUUAGCGGACUAUCCUCUGGACAACCAGAUGUCAGUGGAGAAGCUUCGGGAGAUCUUUUUGGCAGUGCCCAACCAUUUGGCAUAACCGACCUGAGCGGACAACCGUCCGGGGUCCCUGAUCUCAGUGGGCAGCCAUCGGGGUUGCCAGAGUUCAGCGGAACCACAUCCGGAAUUCCUGACCUGGUUUCUGGUACCACGAGUGGCAGCGGUGAAUCUUCUGGCAUUACAUUUGUGGACACCACUUUGGUCGAAGUGACCCCGACUACAUUUAAAGAAGAAGAAGGUUUAGGGUCUGUGGAACUCAGCGGCCUCCCUUCUGGGGAGACAGAUCUCUCAGGCACAUCGGGGACUAUGGAUGUCAGUGGACAGUCUUCUGGAGCCAUUGACUCCAGUGGGCUGACGCCCCAGCCUCCAGAAUUCAGUGGCCUACCAAGUGGAGUAGCCGAGGUCAGUGGAGAAGCUUCUGGAGCUGAGACUGGGAGCAACCUGCCCUCAGGGGAGUAUGACAGCAGUGGACUUGGAUCAGGCUUCCCCACUGUCUCUCUUGUGGACAGAACUUUGGUGGAAUCUGUAACUCAGCCUCCAACACCCCAAGAAGCGGGAGAAGGGCCUUCGGGUGUUUUGGACCUCAGUGGGCUGCAGUCCGGGCUGGUAGAGCCUAGCAGAGAGCCUUCGAGUACCCCGUAUUUUAGUGGGGACUUUUCUGGCACCAUUGAUAUGAGUGCAGAGUCUUCGGCAGCCACGAGCACCAGUGGGGAGGCCUCAGGACUUCCAGAAGUUACUUUAAUCACUUCUGAAUUUGUGGAGGCUGUUACUGAACCAACUGUUUCCCAGGAACUUGGCCAGAGACCCCCUUUGACAUACACCCCCCAGAUUUUUGAGUCCAGCGGAGAAGCCUCUGCCUCAGGGGACAUGAGUGGAGCUACACCGAGGUUCCCCGGGUCUGAGGUAGAAGCGUCAUCAGUCCCAGAAUCCGGCCUUGAAACAUCCGCCUAUCCUGAGGCUGGGGUGGGAGCGUCUGCUUCUCCUGAGGCCAGCGGAGCAGCUUCGGGGUCCCCUGAUCUGAGUGAAACCACCUCGGCCUUCCAUGAAGCUGAGCUGGGCGGAGCCUCAGGCCUGGGCGCCAGUGGCAGCACCUCGGCCUUCCAGGAAGGACCCACGGAGGGCUCGACCCUGUUGAGAGUGAGUGGCGAGUCAACCAGCACCUAUGACGUGGGCACAGAAACAUCGGGCUGGCCUUCGGCCACACCUGCAGCUUCCGGCGACAGGACUGAACUCAGCGGAGACCCGUCCGGUCACACCUCAGGGCUGGAUGUUGUCAUCAGCACCAGCAUCCCUGAGUUUGAACGGACCCCGCAGACCCCGCGCCCUGCAGAGGCGCGCCUGGAAAUCGAGUCCUCCAGCCCCUUGCACUCAGGAGAGGAGAUCCAAACAGCCGAAACAGCCACCUUCCUAACAGACCCUUCCACCCUAACUUCUCCAGAAGGGAUGGGAGAAUCGGGGGCAACCACUACAGCCCCCGCCAGGUCCUGUGCUGAGGAUCCCUGUGGCGCUGGGACCUGCCAGGAGACGGCGGGACACGUCACAUGCCUGUGCCCCCCUGGCCAUACUGGCAAGCACUGCGACAUAGACCAGGAGCUGUGCGAGGAGGGCUGGACCAAGUUCCAGGGCCACUGCUACCGCCACUUCCCCGACCGCGAGAGCUGGGUGGACGCGGAGAGCCGGUGUCGGGAGCAGCAGUCACACCUGAGUAGCAUCGUCACCCCCGAGGAGCAGGAGUUUGUCAACAACAAUGCCCAAAACUACCAGUGGAUCGGCCUGAACGACAGGACCAUCGAAGGGGACUUCCGCUGGUCAGAUGGACACUCCUUGCAAUUUGAGAACUGGCGCCCCAACCAGCCUGACAACUUCUUCGCCAGCGGAGAGGACUGCGUGGUGAUGAUCUGGCACGAGAAGGGCGAGUGGAAUGACGUGCCCUGCAAUUACCACCUGCCCUUCACGUGUAAAAAGGGCACAGUGGCCUGCGGAGACCCCCCCGUGGUGGAGCACGCCAGGAUGUUCGGCCAGAAGAAGGACCGGUACGAGAUCAACUCGCUGGUACGGUACCAGUGCACGGAGGGCUUCGUCCAGCGCCACGUGCCCACCAUCCGGUGCCUGCCCAGCGGGCACUGGGAGGAGCCUCGGAUCACCUGCACGGACCCCGCCACCUACAAGCGCAGACUACAGAAGCGGAGGAGCCGCCCCAGCACGGCCCACUGAGAGGGCCCCCCGGACGCGCCCAGGAUGCUGAGCCCAGGAGCCUGUCCAGGCUGACGUCCCACGCGGAUGGUGUCCUCUUCUUGCCGCUUUCUGUCAUAUAAGGAAUUCCAUUAAAGAAGGAAAAAAUUAAAUCCCACGUUGUGUAUGCACCCACCACCCCCCAAAUUGCCAAAAACGCAUCCGACUUUCCCCCGAAAUGCCAAAGCAAAGCCAACGUAUUGUACCCCGUGGACUGAGUUUAGAGACGUUUCUUCAAUCUCCCGUUGUGCCUUUCCAGGGACCAGUGCAGGGACAGGGGGAGCAGGGAGGGGUUAAGUUAAAUAAAGAAGAUUAUUUUUUGUUUGC